GCUGGGAACGAGAGGCGUCAGGCGACAGUCAUGUGACCUCCUCACAAGGUCAUCACCGGGUCAAACAAGAUGGCGCCACUUCGGUAUAUGUCAGGAUUUGGUAGUGAGUUUGCAUCAGAAGAUCCCAGGUGCCCUGGAUCUCUGCCUAAAGGACAGAACAAUCCCCAGAAGUGUCCGUAUGGCCUGUACGCAGAGCAGCUGUCUGGGUCGGCGUUCACCGCACCUCGUACGCACAACAGACGCACGUGGCUGUACCGUAUCCUGCCCAGUGCUGUUCACACCCCCUUCAGUCCAAUGGAACAGCCCUACCUAACACAUGACUGGAAGUCUUCUGAGCCAAACCCUAACCAGAUGAGAUGGCACCCCUUCUCCAUCCCCCAUAUCAACAAGGAAAAAGUGGACUGGGUUCAGGGUCUACACACGAUCUGCGGAGCGGGAGACCCCUGCGCCCGACACGGUAUCGCCGUCUACGCGUACAUGUGUAACACGUCCAUGGUGGAUACGUGCCUGUACACGUCUGAUGGAGACUUCCUCAUUGUUCCAGAGAAGGGAACUCUACACAUCACCACAGAGUUUGGCAAGAUGGACGUAGUCAACAACGAAAUCUGUGUCAUACAGCAAGGAAUGCGAUUCUCUGUGGAUGUAGAUGGUGAAAGUCGCGGAUACGUGAUGGAGGUGUUUGAUGCACAUUUCGAACUUCCCCACCUUGGCCCAAUAGGAGCCAACGGCCUCGCUAACCCGCGUGACUUCCUGACCCCCGUGGCAUGGUACGAGGACAGGAAGGUCCCCCAGGGGGGGUACACCGUCAUCAGCAAGUAUCAGGGCAAACUGUUCCAGGCUCACCAGGACCAGUCGCCCUUCAACGUUGUAGCGUGGCACGGGAACUAUGUACCGUACAAGUACAACCUGGAGAACUUCUGUGUCGUCAACUCUGUUUCAUUUGACCACUUGGAUCCGUCCAUCUUUACCGUGCUCACCUGCCAGUCCGUCAAACCGGGCGUGGCCAUCGCAGACUUUGUCAUCUUCCCCCCGCGCUGGUCGGUGCAGACCGACACCUUCCGCCCACCAUACUACCACAGAAACUGUAUGAGUGAGUUUAUGGGGCUGAUCAAGGGUUCGUACGAGGCCAAAGAGGAGGGUUUCCGCCCGGGCGGGGCCACCCUACACAGCAUGAUGACCCCCCACGGACCGGACGCCACGUGUUUCGAGGGGGCUUCCAACGCUGAGCUCAAACCACAGAGGAUCGCUGAGGGCACCAUGGCGUUUAUGUUUGAGUCUUCCCUGAGCAUGGCCCUUACAGAGUGGGGACAGAAGACGUGUGAGUGUGUGGACGCCGAGUACUACAAGUGCUGGCUGCCUCUCAAGUCUCACUUCAACCCUGACUGGAAACCAGAGUAAGCCAAGAUACUCUAACACAGCGACAUAUAAACAUGGUCAUCGCAAAUUUACAGGUCAAACAAGGUUCAGCCAAUCAGCAUACAGCACUCUAUGUUUAAAACAGCAUGUCCCACUCUUGUCUGUGAUAAUUCUUUUGAUGUAUUUCGUUUCUUUUUUUCCUAGUAUUACCCAUAGCAUUUCAGUCAUAUUUACAACAACAUAUUUUAGAUUCAUUUCGCACAUUGUAAAUUUUGCUUCUUUAACAUUCAGCCUGCUGAGGUUACUCUGUAUUUGUUUUGGGGUUAGGUAGCAACAUGUACAAAACAUGUAGAAGAAGGUUAAAAGGUAGAGUACAGACAAGCCCAAAUCUUCUUUGCUUUCUAGUAAUAUAAGGUUGUAUGUGGUUGUUACACACUGGUGUAAUUUGAAAAUGUCUGACAAAAAUGUUUGAUGCAAGAAGGGAAAAUAAAAUGCAUAUGUAGGGCAAAUAAAUAAAUAGAUAAAAUUAAAUAUUAUUAUGUAGGUUGUAAACUUUGUAAGGAUCAAAACAGUAUAUUUGUACUUGUGAGUACAAAUGGAUAAGCUUCACCAAAAACACAACUCCAACCGUUGGAUCAGAAAUUCAAGCUUUUUCAAGAUGCUAUUUCUGCAGAACAAGAAGUAAAUUUUAUGAAUUAUUAAAAAAAGUGGUCCUUUUCUACUAUGGUGGGGGCUAAUAUUGUAUUAGUGAAAGAUGCAUUGAUUUAUUUUAAUAUAUUUAAGUUAAGAUUUUUCUUGUUGCUUUGAAACAUAGCAAGUAUAUUUCUAGUGAAUAGUACAAUAAGAGCAAAACCAUUGGUAUUUCAGAAAUAUCAAUGGUUUCACUCAUAUUUUAGAUGUACUAUUUGAAGCAAAAUUUUAUAUUCUGUUUAUUGUAGUCAGUGUAAAACAUGGUAUGGUGAUCAUGACAUGUCAUUGAAUACAUGUGCUAUAUGUUUACUACAUUCAUACCAUCAAUGAUUGAAAACCAUUGCAUGUUCAUGCAGUAUUUUGCUUUCUGUGUACAAUGUUUGCUUAUAAUGCGAUAGCUUUGUGAAUUUGCAUCUUUGAUGAUUGCAAGUUUGUAUUUUCCUUUGUUUCAGUUUUAGCAUGACUUUAAGGUGAUCACUUUUGUUGUUGUAUUGUUGUAUUUAUAUACAAAAUCAUGUUACAUAAUAUCAUAUAACUUCCUAUAUUCCCUUGUUGCUUUUGCCUGAGUGUAUCAAACUUGUAAAUGUUUUAAAAAUGGAUGAAAGCUCAUCAACAAAUAUGUCUUGUUUUCUAUCCCUUAUUAUAAAAGCAGCACUGUGGAGGAUGAGGCAGUAGCACACUUUUCCUUCUAAAAAGUGAAAAUUCAACACAAAAACAUGUCAAGUCUCUGUCUAUAUGAAGUAAUCAUACAAAAACCUUUGAUGUAAUAUUAUGCAACGAAACCUGAUUUAAAUAUGCUUCUUGUUUGAGCAAAAUUGUUACAAAUUAGUACUUAUUCGUUUUGAAAUUAACAUUUUAGAUAUACAUGUACAUGUAUAAGAAAUACAUGUUUGGCCAUUCAGAAGACUAGCAAUGACUACAAAAAAUGUCAGUGUGUGUUACUACAAUAAUAUUGUACAAUCUGUAUAGCUUAAGCAUUAGAUAGUCUGUCUUCCAGGCUUUCCUGAGAUUCAUGUGCCUGUAUAGGGACUUAUCCAGUACUUGGUGAAGAUGUAUGAUUGAAAGUAAUGACUCCAUAGGCCUGUUAUUGAGGCUAUCAGUUAUGGUUGCAUACCUGUACUACAGAUAAAUGCACACUAACUUUGCAGAAUUGUAGAAUAUUUGCCAUACUACGAAUAAACAAAGGUUGAAACGAA